AUGAUGCAAGUUCAUAUCUAUCUAGCUAUCCUCAAACACUAUCUAUCUAUCUAUCUAUCUAUCUAUCUAUCUAUCUUAGGCUGUUUUAGCUACUUUCUUAUUGAAGAACCAAGACAAAAGUCACGUCAAAAUCAAAUCUUACUAAAAUGGCCUUCACUUGAGAGAGAGAGAGAGAGAGAGAGAGAGAGAGAGAGAGAGAGAGAGAGAGAUCUUAUGACUCGUUGUUCUUUUUCUUUCUUUCUUUCUCAUUCAGUCUGCUCAUAUCUAUCUGUUUAUCUAUCUAUCUUUAUUUACCUCUCUCAACUCCCCUCUCUCUCUCUCUCUCUCUCUCUCUCAUAUUGUAAUUCUCUUUCUUUUUCAUUCAUACUUUAUUUCUCUCUUUCACUUCCUCUUUCUCUAUCCCAAAUUGUACUUCUUUUUUCUUUAUUUCUUUUCUUUUGUCUUUUUCUUUCUUUUAUUUCUUUCUUCCCCACCCCAAUACCAAUAUUAGGUUCUUUCUUUCUUAAUUUUCCCAUCUCUCUCUCUCUCUCUGUCUUUUUGUCUUUCUUUCUCUGGCUCUCUUUCUCUCUCUCUCUCUCUCUCUCUCUCUCUGUUCUUGUCUCUCUCUUUGUCUCUCUGACUCUCUGUAUCUGUCUAUCUUUCUAUUUAUGUCUCGUUCGAUAG